UGAUAAAUAUCUUCCUGAGAUGUCAAUCUCCUUAAAGUUCGCUAAUGCCUCUCCUAAAUCUCCUCAAAAUUAGUAAUUAAAAGAUAAGAAAAUAUAUCAUUAUUAAUCAGAUCAGAAUAUAAUAUCUCUCCCUCCCGGAUUUAGCAGUUACAGAGGAAGGAGGCACAGACAGCCACUCUUCCUCCUCUUCCUCUCUUCUCCUUCUUCGUGGUGUCUUCUUGAGGUGGAUGUUGAUCGAAUUCAAUAACGUUCAUCGGUAAAUUAAUAAUGGCAAUGGGGACGUGCGUGUACGUGCCGGUAAAACUCGAGGAGGAUGAUCAACGCGUGAUCCGGCCUGAUCACGGUAACCAUCUCUUGACAAUGAAGGAGGGGUGCACCCGCACUCCUGCUUUCCUCGAGAAUGAUGCGAAGUCGUUCCGAGUCGACCAGGGUCGGAGGCCAAGUUUUGACAUGAGCCGGCGCCUCGCUUCUCUCGACGUCUUCCGGGGGCUCACUGUCGUUUUGAUGAUUAUCGUGGAUGAUGCUGGCGGAGUCCUCCCGGCGAUCAAUCAUUCCCCGUGGGACGGUGUCACUCUCGCGGACUUUGUCUUCCCCUUUUUCCUUUUCAUGGUUGGAGUUUCCAUCGGGCUUGCAUAUAAGAAACUGCCAAGCAAGCUUUCUGCAACUAGGAAAGCCAUAUUUCGGGCCCUCAAAUUGGUCGCGAUUGGUCUUUUCGUGCAAGGAGGUUUUCUUCAUGGAGUCAAUGAUUUGAGUUAUGGAGUUGAUAUAAAUAAGAUUCGGUGGAUGGGCGUCUUGCAGAGAAUCGCAAUAACCUAUCUGGUGACAGCAUUAUGCGAGAUUUGGCUCAAGGGCGAAGAGGAUCCUACUACAGAAUUAGUGUCAUUGUUCUCAAAGUACAAGAUACAGUGGGUGUUGACAUUUAUAAUCACAACGAUUUACCUGGCACUCCUUUAUGGCCUGUACAUUCCGGACUGGGAGUUCCAAGUUCCAAGCACGGUCGCAAACUCUUCUGCACCAAUAACAUUCUCGGUAAAAUGCAGCAUCAGGGGUGACACCAGCCCUGCUUGUAAUGCUGUUGGAAUGAUUGACCGCAAAGUGUUGGGCAUCAACCAUAUGUACAGAAGGCCAAUAUAUAUACGGACAGAGCAAUGCAGCACGAAGUCCCCUGAUUAUGGCCCGCUUCCUCUAGAUGCUCCCUCGUGGUGUCAGGCACCAUUCGACCCGGAAGGACUCUUGAGUUCGAUGAUGGCUAUUGUAACAACCUUAAUCGGGUUGCACUUCGGGCACAUCAUCGUGCACUAUAAGGAUCACAACGUGAGGGUCGCGCGCUGGUCCAUCACAGCAUCUGGCCUUUUGAUCAAAGGCUUGAUCUUGAAUUUUAGCGGAAUAGCUUUAAAUAAAGCUCUCUAUUCUCUCAGCUAUACCUGCGUCACUGCUGGAGUGGGUGGCAUUCUCUUUGCUGCAGUAUAUCUACUGGUUGAUGUGUAUGAGUACAGACGUCCAACAAUCGUGCUGGAAUGGGUGGGAGCGCAUGCUCUGAAGAUAUACGUCAUUGUGGCUUGCAACAUCUGGUUACUUAUCCUCCAAGGCUUUUACUCUGAGGAACCCGGCAACAACAUUAUGCGGCUGAUAGGGGCCACAAAAUAGUCGACGAUGAAAAGGGAGAACCGGUUUGCAGCCACUUAGGAUGAAUUGAAGAUAGGGAGUCGUCAUUGGAUCUUAUAUUCUACAGCAUCUCCGUUAAUACUAAUAGCCUUUUCCGCAAUUUUUUGUACAGUCUUGAAUCUUGGAGCAGACAGUACCAAGGAACAAUUUUUUUUUUUCCCCUUAUGGCAAUAAUGUGUUAGGCUUCCAUGGAUUAUUGUAAAUUUAGUUCGAUUUCUGAGACGAUAGCAGUUUCAUCUAUUAUGAAAUAGAUGAAAACCCACGUGUUGCAAGAGAAAUUUUUCUAAUUUUUUUAAUUAAAAUAAUUAUGUUAUAAUAUUGUGUUCAUAGUAA